UUCAUUCAAUCGCAACAUGCUAAAGUUCCUGAUCCUGUUGUCGGCCGUAGCCUGCGCCCUGGGAGGCACCAUCCCCGAGGGUCUCCUGCCCCAGUUGGAUGGACGCAUUGUCGGCGGCACUGCUACCACCAUCAGCAGCUUCCCCUGGCAGAUCUCCCUGCAGCGCAGUGGAAGCCACUCCUGCGGUGGAUCCAUCUACUCCAGCAACAUCAUUGUGACCGCCGCUCACUGCCUGCAGUCCGUGUCCGCCUCCUCCCUGAAGAUCCGCGCCGGUUCCAGCUACUGGAGCUCUGGUGGCGUAGUCAUCAGUGUUUCCUCUUUUAAGAACCACGAGGGUUACAAUGCCAACACCAUGGUCAACGACAUUGCCAUCAUCAAGCUCAGCAGUGCCCUGAGCUUCAGCUCCACCAUCAAGUCCAUCUCUCUGGCUAGCUCCAACCCCGCCAACGGCGCUGCUGCCUCCGUCUCCGGAUGGGGAACAGAGUCCUCUGGCUCCAGCUCCAUUCCCUCUCAGCUGCGUUACGUCAGCGUGAAGAUCGUCAGCCAGAGCCAGUGUGCUUCCUCCGCCUACGGAUACGGUAGCCAGAUCAAGAGCUCCAUGAUCUGCGCUUAUGCCAGCGGCAAGGACUCGUGCCAGGGUGACUCCGGUGGCCCACUGGUCUCUGGUGGAGUCCUCGUCGGUGUUGUCUCCUGGGGUUACGGAUGUGCUGCCGCCAACUACCCCGGUGUCUACGCCGAUGUGGCUGCCCUCCGCAGCUGGGUGAUCAACAACUCCUAAGCAUUUUGCGAAAUAAAUCAUAUAUGCACAGUU